AAGCAACAAGAGCCACCAUCCCUCAGGAGCGGAGCAUAUCUGUGGAGGAGCCCUCAGACCAGAGGACACACCACGGGAAAUGAUCAACAAAUCAGGACGGCUCUUUCUGCUUUCACUUGGUGAGCGCAUCACUCUGUGGCUUAAUCAAUGUGACACUGAAAUAAUAUCACAACCAAGAUAAUCAGCAAUCAUCUCUUCUUCUGGCGGUACACCGUGGCAUUAUAAGGAAAAGCUUUAAUUGCCUACUGUUAGGGGUUGUUUUGAUGCUGUCAAGUUGUUUUCCUCCCCUGGCGCAGUCCAACUCAAUUGGAGUCGCAUAGGAUGUCAUACAUUUCCAUAGGAAGUGACACUGGCAGCUUGAUUGACCGACAAGGAUUUCCACUCAACGCGAAGGACGUAUAGUCUUUACCCAGUACACCUCUGGAGCUGACACGCAGCACAUGAGCACCAUGGAUGAAGGCACUGCCAGCGAGACAGUCCCAGAUCUGAGAGACAUUGAGGUGAAAAUCGGACGAAAGACCCCCGAGGGUUUGCUCAGGUGGAUGCGGGAAGAGGCGUCCGCUGUCCGCGGAGACGCCAAGGUGGCCGCCGCGCACGACGCCAGCAAGGACGCGGGGAAGAAGAGUUUGGAUGAAAAGAUUAGGAAAUUAAAAGUCGAGAUGGCUCACUUGCGCUCAGUGGAUGUGAAGAUCUUGCAGCAGCUGCUGGCUGUCCACGAGGGUAUAGAGGCAGUGAAAUGGCUGCUGGAGGAGCGCAGCACGCUGACCAGCCGCUGCAGCAGCCUGACCAGCAGCCAGUACAGCCUGGGUGAGGGCCCCGACACGUCCUGGAGAGGCUCCUGGAGCAGCCUGCAGGACCCCAACGACAAGCUGGACAACAUCUCUGUCGGAAGCUACCUGGACACGCUGGCUGACGACAUGGAUGAGUACUGCCCCUCCAGCUCUGAUUCGGUCAUCUGCUCAUCCACACCGGUGGCCUCUGAGGCAACUGUUGGAGCCCGGACAGGGGGAGGAACUGGAGCUGUGGGGCUCAGCACUGGUGCUGGGGCGAAGUCUGGGACUGUUGGUGCUGGGACCGGGGCUGGAGUAGGGAUGCGUGCUGGGGCUGGUGGAACUGGGAUCGGGGCUGGAGGGGGCACAGAGGUAAGAGCCGGACAUGGGACUGGGGCAACCAGUGCUGUCACUGGCAGUGGUAUUUCUGGGACUGCUGCUGGGACAGGGACAACAUCGCCUGCAAAACCAGCAGUGCCUGGAGGUUCUCCCCAAGCCAAGUCUGAGGGGCCUAAGCAGGACAUUCCUAUCUGGACUAAGGCACCGGAGAUGGGUAAGGGCAGCCCGGUUUCUAAAGAGAAUACCCAGACACAAGCUAUUAAGACUAAUGGUGUCCUGGAGAAACCAGCCACUCAAACAGGCGGUCCCGACUCGCCCCGUUCCUGCCUCAGCGAAAAGCUGGGGAUAAACCAGAGUCCCAAACUCAAACCCUACAAGAACGGAAAAAUCGACUUGGAGACUUGUAAAAUGAACGGUAAAAUGCACCUGGAGUACGACGCGCACUGGCGAUGGGUGCAGUCGCAAGAGGACGUGACGUUUUUGUAGGAAGGAUAAUCACAGAGAAGACUAAAGAGGCUCUUGACCACUCCCUCUGUCAUGUCAAAAACCAGAUAGCUGAAAGCUCACGACAGAAAUGCACAUAGUAAGGUUUUCCGUUGUGAAAGACACUGGGUUUGGAUGGGUAAGAGAGAAUACAACAUUCGAUUGUUGUUCCCUCCUGUGACUGCACUAACUUUCUACAAAACAUUGAUGUCAGUAUUAACGUGGAUGCACACUGCAGGAUUUUGACUAGAUUUCGCCAAACUAGGCUGCCUCACACAAACUUAGGAAAAAUCAAUUAUAAAAUCCUGUCAUAGUUUUUCUCAGGGUCUUUCUUGGCAUUCCCUGAUUUUUUUUUCUUCUUUCUUUCCUGGGACAGAAUCUUAGUGCCGAAUUAGUUGACGGAGCCUCAUUGUGUGAAUUUAACCCUCAGAGAUAAAGCACAGUGAGAAGUUCUGCUUCUACAAGAUGCCAGAGAGCUGAAACCUGCUUUUAGACUUCUUGACAUGUAUCAGUAGAAAAUUGGAAAUAUUGAUUUGACUCGUUUUCUAUCCAACCUGAAAAACAAUUCCCACAAAAUGUUCCACUUGUGGUCACUCAGUUAUCACUGUAACCUAUUGUAUGUAGUUUACGACCAAAAUUAGCGUGGUUAUAGGGACUAUUGCUCAAUUAGUGUUAAAAAAUAUGCAAUACAAACACCUGAGUGUUAUGAUAAAAUCUGUGAGCCAUCGUGUCCUCAGUGUUUCUCCCCCAAGUUUUUAUAGUGGCCUCAGCGACAGUAGAUGAUAAUCAUGUAGUAGACAGAGCACUGAGGUUAGUAACAGCAAGUUUCCUUCUUUCAGAAUAUACUCACUGUUUGCAUUUGUGUCUUUGUGGAGCUAAUACCUACAGUGCUUAACUGACCAAUUGCAAUAUUAUAUAUUCAGUGAACCGCAAUACAGCUACUCUGUGCAUCAGGUACUAAUUGUGAAUGGUUGUAGGCAAAACCUGAAUAUGGCUGAGUGUUAUUCCUGUUUUCUGACGACUCUGGUAAGCUGUGUUAGUUUCAUUUUGAAUGCAGAUGUUGUGCCUGAUUGGUGUAAAUCUAAGUUGCAUAUGCCUGUAUUUUCCGUCCCAAGGUGACUGCACUGCUGUUAUGGUAGUAUUGGUUUUCUGAUUGAACAUUUUUUCGCCUCCUUCUGGCCUCUGCUUGAGUGUAUAAAUGGAUAGACCCACAGUCUAUGUGCUCUCGCCAUGUGAAUGUGUUGAGUGGUAAAUAUGUUAUUUUGGCUGGGUGGGUAUUGCAUGCUCUUUGCUGAGAGUUUCAUCGGUUGACUUUUGAGAAAUGUGCGCAAGACCUAAUACAAUCAGAGAGAAAAAGCAAUAUUCCUGGAAGCCUUUGUACCGGCUUAUAUAAACAGCCUCUUUUCACACAGAACUGCAAAUGAAAGCUAAUAAUAUUGUCUGUUUUUUCAGGAGAAGCUAAGACUACUGACAGGGAAAGGGUGUGUGUACAUAUGUGUGUGUGCGUGUGUAUAAGAGAGUGUGUGUGUGAGAGAGAGAAAGACAGCCUGCCUGCCUGUGCACAGCUGGUCUGUCAGAUUCAGAUGAGGAUAGACAGGUCCCAAAGGUUUUUCAUGUGUUUGCAGCUCGUUCAUUAUGGCUCUGCAAAACCUCCAACCAAUCUGCCAUUACUCAUGUUUAUGCGGUGUGGAUUGUUCAGUGCAUUUGAUAAACAGUGGAGAGCACACUCCAUAAUCAGCGCAUAUUAUACCUUAUAUAUCUUAUUAGAAACACCUUGUUAGAGAAGGGAAAAAAAUCAGACCAGACACACUUCUUUUGAGCUGCAUUUUUUCCACUUGAGUUGGAAUUCCUUGUUGAAUUUUUUUGGCUUACAUUCCUGCCCACCUUUUACGACCUAUUGAAAAAGCUGGGAUUUAAAGUUUUUCUGCUCCUGCCUCUGUACCACUCAGCACUCAAAUCAUUAUGGUAUUUUAAUGUUUUAUAUGGUUUCCGACUCCCUAUACACCAAAAUCCCAGUGCCUUUUUUUUUUUAAUUGAACCAUAUAAGCAUUUUAACUGAAACAUAAUCUCUGUGCAUGGUUUUACCACAGAGCAGAAAUCAUUUUAUUUACUUAGCCUGAUCCAAGUCAGCCUGGAGUCAGUAAUAGGGACUUUGUUCUGACUGGAGGACCCACUGUUGAAUCACUCAAUCAUUGUUUCUUCAUCUAAUUUGGCUGCUUUACUCCUCCCAAAGAGCGAACUGCUUAACAACUUCCACUGCUUGUGUGUUUGUAUAGCAGCCAAUUAUAUGGCAAGCCAAUUAGUCACAAAGCUUUCAUGUAGAAGUUGAAUAUAACUGGAUAAAUGGUAGAUCAAGUCAUCUGCUGCUAGAUCUCACUGUAAAGAAGUUGUCUUUCUAGGCAACUUCACUGGGCUACUUUGGGAAUCCCGGCACCUCCUUUUGUUCCCCCACAUCUAAUCUGCACUCUGAGCUACUGUGAUAUUUAUUCUGUCCUCCUUCUGCCCUUCUUUUCAUCCUACUUUCCACCACCACACUGGUUUGAUGGAAACGCACAGUCCGUGCCAACACACACAUCAUGCAAACACAAUGCCCGCUCACUGGAGACAGCACCAUAAAGCCAGCACCACAGAAACAGUGACUGUAGGCUAGUCCUGGAGACAGGCAAGGAAAACUGUGCUAAAAUUGGACUUUAAACUCAUGGAUGCGUAAGAGCAUUUUUCAAAUCCACCCCCUCUUUUUCUUUCUCCACAACUAGGGAGAGUGUCCAUCCACUGCUGAAUGAAGGCUCUAGCCAUGAGUAUAGACAUGGAGCCAUUUGAAACCUCCUUCCCCUUUUAACAUAUGUGUUGGCUGUAAAACCAGAUUGCAUGCCAAAUAGACUGUCUGCUCCACUGGUUUGCGGUUUUCUUUCCAAACUGACGUAGCCAUGUGGAAAAAACAGAAUACCUAAAUUUUAGAGCAGGGAACAAAGCUGUGAAACACAUUAGAUCAAACUAUGGUAUCUUUCUGCACAUACAGGUCGACAUAUAGGGAGUGGAGUAUGAACAUUGUUUUCAACCAGGGAAUCAGUGCCUGUUGGCAAUUUAUGUGCCAAGGGGCGUUGCUCGCGGCCUGAUUGUUUUUGAAAGCUAUGCCGUAUAGUAAUUGGUGUGUGGAUGAUCAACAAUGGAUGGGUUACUAGAAGGCAAGCCUGUGGGAAUAACUUUUCAUUCCAGGCUAAAACAAAAUCCUAACUUUCCAGAACUUGAGUUGGGGGUGGGCAGCAGGUAUGAAGGUGGCAGUAAACUAAACUCAUUAGGCUCGCUUCCCAAAUCCUUAUGCUCCAGCAUUGUAUGAUAUCCACGAUAUAUCAGAUGCCCAGUGUGCGACAUGUUUGCUUUGGCUCCAGGUGCCAGGCAGCUAGCUAUUCUGGGCACUUGAUAAACACAGCAUGAUUACACAGAAGAGCGGAUAUCCACUCUGUUGCUAUGACAAUGGGAGCAAGCAGGCUUCAGCACUGGUGGCUGGUAUAAAACAAUGUAGACUGUGGUACUGUUUAGCUGUAGGUAUAAUCUCUCAAUGAUAACAGAAAUGAAAUGACAGAUGACAAAAAUAAUGAUAAUCAGUGUUAGAUACUUUUUAACUUUUCUGUAAUCUGAUUACUGGCAGAAGAAUCGCUGCGAGAACAAUUAACUAUUCUGUAGAUUAUAUGAAAUCAGCUCAGAAGACAUUUUCAGUGUAAUCUGCCCAACACUGGGGAGUUGUUCAUAUUUUGCUGUAAUGGCUUGCUAUGGCUGAGUGCCCAAUGCAUUACAUUUUAAAAGGUCAGGUUGACCAGAGGAAUGGAAAUCAAUCUGUUCUCUGCAAAGGCCAAAUAAUAUUCAUUUUAUUUGACCAUAUUAGAGCAUAUUAUUCUUGUCACCUUGGAUAACUGCGUAUUUGUGUAUGAUCUUUCCCCAAGUGAACCAAGAGGAGCUUUACCAAUAUAGCAGCUCAUAAUUUGACCAACCAAGAGCCGAGGAAUUUGGGGCUUUACUACAAAAAAACAGUAAAUCACUUUACAUGAUGUCAUCGAGUUUUGUGCUGAUUUGACUUCCUUGUUCUCACAUUCCCCACUGGCCCGUUCAGUAUUAGUGGAAAGCUCAGUCAACCUCUCUGAGCCAGCUGAGAGGCUUUUGCCUGCUGGUGGCUAAAGCUUUGGCCAUAUUUGAGUGGCUCAAGGAGAGCACCUAAUUGUGUCUCUCUGGAUUUGCGAGCCAGAAUAGGGGGAUAAACAGAGAGCUGAGCAAUGCGGCACGCAGCACAGAGUUGAAAGGAAGCUUCCGCUCCCGGUGUCCUGCUGUUUUGUCCCCUUCCUCCCGGACACACACAUACACACACACAAACUAACACUAACUCACUUUAUCCCAGCACUGACAGCUGAUGUGGGUCUCCAGGCACCUGACAGCUCCUCAAAGAGAGCCAUUAAGACCAGCUUUUUCUUUCAUUGACACUCUUAUUUAUGCCAUUCCCCCUGUGUGCAUGUUUUGUUCAGAUCCCAAACUCAUGUUGCUCAAAGAAAUGGAAGUGAAAUUAAAUAGACCCUCUAUGUGCACACUGUGCAUUGAGCUGGGUCCAAAACUUAACUUAGGCAACACAAAGGGUAAGCCAUUGAGACUGACUGCAAUGCACUGGAUCAUCUGAAAUACCUAUCAAUAACUUGCUUGUUUGAGUGGAAAGUUUAUUAUUAUUUCAAUGGCACAAAGCAAUUUUAUGAGUUUGUUAUGCAGUGUGUCCAGAGAGAAAUAUUAUUUUUCACUGUAAAGAUCGAUGUUCAUCAAAUAAUUGAUAUGCUCAUCAAUGUGGAGAGUUAUAUGAUGCAGCAAAAUA